CUCAGCAAUAGGAAAUUGAUAGGAAAUUACCUGAUUUUGUGUGAACAGGCUUGACUCCGUUACACCUCGCUGCCCAAAGGGACGACGACGUGGCCAUAGAAAUCUUGUACAAAGCUGGCGCCGACAUCAACGCUUUGGAAAACCGAGGCGGGGUUACUGCGCUUAUUCUAGCUGCAAGACAAUCGAACGUAAAAGCGGCCAGGAAAAUUUUAGAACUUGGCGGAAACCCCAAUGUGCGUACCAGUUACGGCGAAACUGCAGGACAGGUGUCAAGCGCAAGAGAAGACCGCGCAAUGAGUGAGCUGCUGGCAUUCUACGAGUCGCCGUACGACACAAAGCGAGAACGCUGUACAAACGAGGGUCCGUUGAUCGAAUAUAAGAAACUGGGCGCCCAUUACAGAAGACAGAUUCAAACAACUCGCGUUCCUCCGGAAGUGACGCAGUCUUCGCCAUUGUUACGUCACCCAACACAACAAAAGAAUGACGCGCCGACGUCACAACACGGUUCGACGGGGUCAACUAACAAAGAACCGUUAUUGGUUAAGCGGGAACAAAGUCCUCCAACAAGAAACUCUGGCUUUCCGACGUCACAAAGUCACGUACCAUCACCACACAAUACGAGCGAAACCGAAAGUGAAAAUUUGAAAACACGUUCCCCAAACGAAAAUGCCUUGCUUCGUAGUCAGGAAGAAUCGCGCCGUCUCGCCAUCGCACAUAAAGUAAUGCAAUGGCCUUCUUUUGCGCCUGCUGCAAGCCAGCAUGUAAACGGCCGCAGCGGUGUCCGUUUGAGUGACGUUUCUCCACAAGAAUACUUGAUCGAGUUCCAUAAGCGUAUGCUGGCAAGCAAUCAAGUGAUCGCUGACCUACCGAAACCUGUAACCUCAUCUGCUGAAACCUCAAACUUGUGUGACGACUUACCGCUGGACUUAAGCAAGAAACCAGCGGAAAAUGUGCAGGGAGUUACUAACAAAGCAGUUCGUGUUUUAAGUCGGCCUGAAGCAGAAUCGUCUACGUAUAAAAUUGGAGCAAAAAUGGAGUCCAUGUCAGAGGUAUAUGCUGGAACUGUAAGAAACAGAACUGACGAGACACGAGCUUGUCCUCCACCCCCGUACCUCUUGGGAAAUCACGUUCUGCAAUCAGAGCAAAGCAGGAAAGUAAGUCGUGAUGUUUCCGCGCAGGUUGUAACUCAAAUGUCGGCGGUUCCUAUCGAUCGAAAGUGGGCGGUGCCUACUGUCACUAAAAAUAGUGCUUCUGGCAUGAAGAGGUGGAGUGAGGAUGCGAGGCAGAGCGCGAGAAUCCCCCUGCAAUUCGAACACGCCGUUUGUGGGCGAAGAAACAGUGCGCCUGCUGGUACUAAAAAGGAUGUACGAAAGAAUUUAGAUCUGCGUUCUUAUACCGGUUGCCUCCCGCCCCACUUUCUACAUCUUCUUGAGUCCUCCGGAAAUCUUCCGGUGAGGACGCACAACGCUCUGUUGGAAGUCGCAGAUGUGUUCCGUCCAACGUCGGAUGAAAAAUGUCCCAGCUCAACUAAGAGAGCUUGCAAACGACCUAUUUAUACUCAAAUUUCCUCAAACACCAACCAUUCACCUCAAAACGACUUACGUGUUACACCUACUAGUAUAAGAAGUGCCGAUGGUCGAGAUCUCGCCUGUCCAGUGACGUCACCAGAUCUGACGUCACACGCAGCUACGAAGGAACCAAACGGGUGGGGAAAAGCGGACGUCGAGAGAAAAAAUAAAGAUAUACAUCAGCGCCAAGAAAAAUUUCUCCGAAGCUUCUUUAUUGUGCUGAGCUCGAAAAACAAGUUGAGAAGUCAACAACGUCCCGCUUACAAGAAAACAUUCAGUUAACUCGACAUAAUGACCAACACAGUCCGCUUUCGAAUGCUACGUCACUCCGGAUGACGUCAUCAAAUAUGGACGUCAGUAGAAGCUCUGCUGAGCACACAAGCGUUAACUGUACAAGUGUUGAUCAAAAUAACAAUGGUGCUGAAAAAACAAAUAACCCGCCAAGUGAUGACAAACAUGAGGUAAACGUUUAUGUAGCAAGAGAUGGCUUCACAAAACUUUCGCUGUCAGAGUCCGACUGCUUAGAGUGCGUGUCGGAUGACUCCGGAACGGACACAUGGGAACCAGAACCAUCUUUGAAUGAUAUUCCCAAAAAGGCUCAUCCUAUCUGCAUGCGAAAAAACUCGCUGGACGCAAAACUCGAACAGUUACGUCAGCAGGCUUUACUGCGCCACCAGAGCAGUUACGAGACUGCUGUCCGGGAAGAAAUGUCGGAAGGAAAGCGGUUGGAUAGUGAAGUAAGCGAUGAUGAUUUCUUGGCAAACUCAAUUCAAGACUCCGACAGCGAACCUGAAGACGAACCUUUUCUAAAGAAACUUAAACUUGAAAGCACGGACCUUGACGUUAACAACAAUGCCCAUAACAGCAGACCUGACAGCGCUAUAACAGUCAGAAGUUCCCCUCGUUCUACCACAAUCCCUAUACCGCCACAACACCGUAACGUCUCUCCAAUUUCAUCCGCUUCUCAGCAACCUACUUGGACAUCAAGAGCGACAGAAACAGUAGAAUCAAAGCAAGCAGCAAUACAACAACUUUUACCAUCAGCCUACUACCUCCCAACCUACCCCCACCUUUUAAUGAAACCAAUGUUUCCAAUGUACCCUCUCAUGUCACAAAUGAGUGCAUCACACAGCCAAAUCAACAAGAAAUUGUUGCUGCUGAUCAACAACGACCUCUGGCGACAGACGCGCCACGCAGUUCCGCGAAUUCGAGUUUUUCCACCCGACAAACGUCAACACACGGCGAUGUCUGAAGACGUACACCUCAACGAACUAGAAAUCAGCGACGAAGAAGAUUCUGGUAUAGCAUGAUCUAUAUAUCAUUCAUGCACAACCUAUUUGCCGAAAAAUCGUAGCAACGAGAAGCUAUAACGCACUUAAUUGCACAUGUUUGUUGACUAAUUUGCGUCUGAUUGAUUUUUUUAAGUUCUAAUUCCGAUCGACAUCUUUAGUUGCGGGUAUUCAAAAUAAACUUACGUCGUUACAA